GACUUCAUUCGUUUCAUCGACUGAACUGAAAAAUGUCCGGAAGAGGAAAAGGCGGGAAGGGACUCGGUAAAGGAGGCGCCAAGCGUCACCGUAAAGUUCUCCGUGAUAACAUCCAGGGCAUCACCAAGCCCGCCAUCCGCCGUCUGGCUCGCCGCGGCGGAGUGAAGCGUAUCUCCGGUUUGAUCUACGAGGAGACCCGCGGUGUGCUCAAGGUGUUCCUGGAGAACGUCAUCCGUGACGCAGUGACGUACACCGAGCACGCCAAGAGGAAGACUGUGACCGCCAUGGAUGUGGUGUACGCUCUGAAGAGACAGGGCCGCACCCUGUACGGCUUCGGAGGCUAAACAACGACCUGACAGCAAUAACAACACAACGGCUCUUUUAAGAGCCACGCACUACUUCUAAAGACAUAAUUCCUCAUUCUUAAACUAUGUGAUCGUACAUCGACUGUGUUCUUUAACUAUAAAAACCUGAACUAAUUCAUUGCCCACCAUAACAACGUCCUUGAAUCUAACGUGUUUAUCAAAUCUCCCAGCAACAAGUCGGAUCUGGGACUAAUACUCAUAACUUAAAACAUGAACACUGAUUACAUUUCACUCUCA